AUGGAUUCCUUAUCCUUCGAUACCUCUUCAAAGAAAUCCAAAAUCCUCUACACAUCUCUUGCCCUUGUUGGGAUAAUCUGUGUAGUCGGCACUAUUGCUCUCACAUCUUCAAAUUCCUCUUCACCAGGACUUCAGCAAUUUCAACUAGAAGUUGAAGAAUUCAACCAUUUCCUUGCCCGUCACAACAAGCUAUAUUCAACUGCUGAAGAAUACGCCCGCAGAUUUAAGGUGUUCCGCGACAACUCAGCCUUUAUUAGGAUUCACAAUUCACAAGCAGGAAGCUGGGUAUUAAAAGCAAACCAAUUCGCUGAUGUCUCAUUCGCAGAAUUCAAGAGCCUUUAUUUAGGAACCAAGGCUCAAGCUCACUACACAAAGAGGGUAGCUGAAGAAAACAAUGUAGUAAUUCCUGAUGCAAUUGACUGGAGAGAAGCAGGAGCAGUAACCAAAGUGAAAAACCAAGGAAUAUGUGGAGGCUGCUGGGCUUUUUCUACAACUGGAGCUGUAGAAGGAGCUUGGUUUUUGGCUAACCAUACCUUGGUGUCCCUUAGUGAUACAUUAAAAAUGGUGACGGCGAUUCAGCCCUUUUUCUCAACACCUGCAGCCUGCGUUCGCGGGGGACCUCGUGGAAGGGAGAAAGGCGCUCAGAAUGUGUAUCCGGCUAGGUUUUACCUUGGCACAGUGGAGCGCAACGUCGGAUUAGGCCGACCGCAGCUCAUUCUGGCACCAAUGGUUUUGCCUCAGGGGAGAUGGUUUCCAAGGCUGGAAAGGGGAAGCUCAGCAGCAUCAGGAAGGUGCCUCCUGAUCAAUCGGGCAACUCUCCCUAGCGUGAAACUGGGCGUUACGUCUCAGGCUUUGGAUUUCCAUCUUAGCCGACAGUCCUACCAGAAAAUUUGUUUUUCAAAUUUUCGGAGUGGGCAACCUCUGUUGACGUACUGCUGGGUGGCGUAACUCAUCCAACUACGGGUAGCGAGUGCACAUCCUCGUCCAGUAGGAGCAACAUCUUGAAGGUCGUGAUCGACUGGUGGUGAGCAACCGGGUGAAGCGUGAAGGGUGAAGGUAGGGCAGGGGAAACCCGCGCCAAUACGAAGAGCCUCUAUAAUACUAAUUAAUGUUAAUGUUAAUGGUGUCCCUUAGUGAGCAAGAACUUAUUGAUUGCUCAAGGUCUUAUGGGAAUGAAGGCUGCAAUGGAGGACUUAUGGAUUAUGGCUUUGAGUUCGUAAUCCAGAAUGGCCUGACUACUGAAAAGCAUUACAAAUAUACAGGGAGAGAUGGAAUUUGCAAUCAAACUAAAGUCGCCAAUGUUUCUGCUACCAUUUCUGGUUAUGUAGAUGUCACUCCUAAUAACAGCACUGCAUUGCUUGCUGCUCUUACUCAUGGCCCAGUUUCAGUCGGUGUUCAAGCUGACCAAGCUGCCUGGCAAUUUUAUGGUGGUGGAGUUAUAGACAAAAGCUGCGGGACAAAUCUAGACCAUGGAGUCCUUGUAGUAGGCUUCAAUAGAACCACAGUCCCUGCUUACUACAUCGUCAAGAACUCUUGGGGUCCUUCCUGGGGUGAAGACGGCUACAUCCGAAUCGCAAUCAAAGAAGGUAAAGGCCUUUGUGGAAUACAGAUGAUGCCCUCUUAUCCUAUAGUCAAUAAAUAA